GCGAAAGAAGUAACAUCUUUUUAUUAACCGUGACCAAAAUUUAAAAAAAUAAGUAGUUGAUAUUUUUUUAUUUUAACUCCAAAAUGUUUCAUUUAAAAAAAUUCGUGCUUGUUUUUUGUGUUUUAAAUCACAUAAAUGGACGUGUUAUAAACUUCGAAGAUCCGUGGUCUUACGAAAUACCACCUCACAAUGAUCCUUUAUUAAAUGAGGGAGGAAGUAAUCAUAUUUUACCUCCAAUGAAAGAACACAAAGCUAAAAGUUUUGUUCGGCUUAUAAAUGCAAAUAGAGUGGAUAUGAGUAAAGAAUAUGGAAAUUCUGUUCGUGAAAAACUUUCAUGUUCAACUUGUAGAAUUGGUACAAUGCUUUUGCAAGGAGCAAUCCUAGAUGGAUCUUCCUUUGAAGAAAUAAGAACUCAAUUUGUAUCAAUUUGCACCAGUUUAAAUAUUGAAAACGAAAUUGUUUGCACUGGACUCUUCAACACUUUCGCUCCAGAUUUCUUACCAGCUUUAAAUCUAACAGAAAUUAGUGUUGAACAAAUUUGUAGUUUAACCGUUGGCGAACUUUGUGGUGAUAUUGAAAAUCCUUUGCAUGAAUGGGACAUUAAAUUACCCGAUAAACCAAAACCACAAUUACAACUUGCCGAGUUACCAUUGAAGGAUUCCCCAACUUUCAAGGUUUUACACUUAACAGACGUUCAUUAUGACCCGAAUUACGUUCAAGGUAGUCCAGCAAAUUGCGAUGAACCCAUGUGUUGCCACGUUUAUAGUACUGUUGAAGAUGACGAAAGAGUGAUAGAACCAGCAGGAAAAUGGGGAAGUUAUUCAAAAUGUGAUAUGCCAAAAAUUUUUAUAGAAAGUAUGUUAAAACAUAUUGCAGAACAACAUCCGGAUAUCGAUUAUAUUCUUUGGACCGGAGAUUUACCACCGCACGAUAUUUGGAAUCAAACCAAAAUGGGUAAUUUGAAAAUAAUUCAAGAAUCUGUUGAGCAAAUGUUGCGAUAUUUUCCUGAAACUCCAAUCUUCCCAGCUGUUGGAAAUCACGAAAGCUCACCGGCAGGGAGUUUUCCUCCACCUUGGAUGACAAACCAAAACAAUUCAAUUUCAUACCUUUAUGACACCUUAAGCGUAAACUGGCGAAAAUGGUUACCUUCCUCGAUAAAUUCCACAGUAAUCCAUGGAGCUUUUUAUUCAGUUUUGCUUCGACCAGGAUUUCGGUUAAUUUCAGUCAAUUCAAACUAUUGCAUUUCAUUGAGUUGGUUUUUAGUGGUUAAUAGCACAGAUCCGGCUCAAGAAUUAAAAUGGCUUGUUUACGAACUUGAACAAGCCGAAAACGCCGGAGAAAAAGUUCAUAUAAUCGGACAUAUUCCUCCAGGUGAUUCGGAUUGUUUAAAAGUUUGGUCAAGGAAUUUUUAUAAAAUAAUUGAUAGAUUUGAAGAUACAGUUAAAGCUCAGUUUUAUGGGCACACUCAUUCAGAUCAAUUCGAAGUGUUUUAUGACACAACAAGUUUUAAAAGAGCAACUAACAUAGCUUUUAUUGCACCUUCUGUUACAACUUUUGAGCAUCACAAUCCGGGUUAUAGAAUUUAUUAUGUUGAUGGGGACCAUGAAAGAACUACGCGAGAAGUAAUCGACCAUGAAACUUGGAUAACGAAUUUAGAGGAUGCAAAUAGCGAUGAGAGCGAGCCAAUUUGGAAAAAAUUGUAUACAGCACGAAGCGCGUAUAAUUUAGAAAGUUUAAGACCUCAAGAUUGGUCCGAUUUAAUCGAUAAAAUGGUUGAUAAUCCGGGUGUUUUUAAUCUUUAUUAUAAACAUUAUUACAAAGAUAGCCCGGUUAAACCACCCUGUGAUGAUAAUAAAUGUAAAUUAUUGUUACUUUGUGAUUUGAGAAGUGGAAAAUCUCACGAUAGGCAUCAUUUAUGUCGGGAUUUAGAGGAAAAACUUCGCGAAUAGAAAUAUUUUUAAUAAAAAUAUAUAUUUUUUUAAUAAAUAAUUCUACAAUAA